UCAGGGGUGAGCGGGGGGUCAAGACAGUAUAUUAGGAGCUGCAGGAGACCAGGAGAACACACACAUCCUGAGGACCUCGUCGCCUCGCCUGCUCUUCCACCACCACCACCUCCUCUCAGUAAACAUGCUGCGCGUGCUGGUGUUGUCCAUGCUGGUGGUGGCGGCCCUCGGCCACCUUCCCCGACCCAAGCCCCCACAGCCGGGCUGUAACUACUACUGCACCAAGCCCGAGGGCCCAAACAAGGGCGCCAAGUACUGCUGCGGUCCCCAGUUCCUUCCCCUAAUUAGGGAAGAAAAGCACAAUGGUUUCUGUCCUCCUCCUCUCAAGGACUGCACAAGAAUCCUACCACCUCAGGUGUGCCCCCAUGACGGACAUUGUCCCAUAAACCAGAAGUGUUGCUUUGACACCUGUCUCGACCUCCAUACCUGCAAGCCUGCACACUUUUACAUCAAUUAGCUUGAGAGGAAUAGCGUAGUCGCCGCUCCUCUGUGUGGCACUUCAAGAUGGAUCUAAGUCAAUGAUGAUUCCCUGAGCUGAACUACAACAAUGCUGUGCUUAUAGGUUGUUGGCUCGCUUGUUCACUUUGUAUUGUUUGGUGUUUAUUUUAAAGGAAUAUAUGUUUCAUGUAUAAAUGAGAGGAGUUUUGUCUAUUAAAUAAAAAUACUUUUCA